CCUUGGCACUUUUUCUCAAUUUUUUCCGACGCAACUAAUGAAAAUGAGUGGUGGUUCAAAUCAGAGGACGUUGUUCCAGACAUGGGGUGCGCCAGUUUCUCAAAACAAAGUUAUUCAACCGAAAAAAGAUGUCAAGAAAGCCGCUGCGCGGCGCAGAGCAACAACGAGCAGCACCGCGCAGGAAGCGACGGCCAGAACACAACUUCCUCAAAGUCAGAGUCUGUGGGCUCAGAUAGGUCAGGGGUCCGCAGACACAACGCCGAGGCCAGAGGACCCUCGCCCUUUCCUUGAAGAUGAAGACGAUGACCUGAUGGUGGUCGCUGUCAACGAGGCUGAAAAGAGCCUACAGCUGGAUAAUGCGAACUAUUUUCAAUGCAACAACUUAGCAGGAACAGAGAGCACUGCCCUCUCUCCCAGCCCAUCAGCUGGGCACACCUAUCCAGACUUCCCUGGCUUUGACAGCUCCUCAGCUAAGGUAUGGAUCUACCCCACCAGCUAUCCCGUCAGGGAGUACCAGAUGAAGAUGUCAGAGGUGGCUCUCUUUCAGAACACACUGGUGUGUCUGCCCACUGGGCUGGGGAAGACCUUUAUCGCCUCUGUGGUUAUGUACAACUUCUACCGCUGGUAUCCAUCGGGGAAGAUUGUAUUCAUGGCUCCCACCAAACCUCUGGUGGCCCAACAGAUCGAGGCCUGUUUUAAAGUGAUGGGGAUCCCACAGGCACACAUGGCGGAGCUGACAGGCAGCACACAGGCAAAGGACAGACCGGGCGUGUGGAGGACCAAGCGCGUCUUCUUCCUCACCCCUCAGGUGAUGAUGAACGACCUGUCCAGAGAGUCCUGUCCCGCCCAGCAGGUCAAGUGUGUGGUGAUCGAUGAAGCUCACAAGGCGCUGGGCAACCAUGCCUACUGUCAGGUGAUCCGACAGCUCUGCAGCCGGACUUUACAGUUCCGCAUCCUGGCCCUGAGUGCAACUCCAGGGGGGGACACAAAGUCGGUGCAAUCGGUGAUCUCUAAUUUGCUCAUCUCCCACAUUGAGCUGCGUUCGGAGGAGAGCCCGGACAUCCAGGCCCAUUCCCACCAGCGCAGCGUGGAGAAAGUGGUGGUUCCUCUGGGAGAGACCCUCUCUGCUCACCAGGCGCGCUACCUGCAGGUGCUGGAGAAGUUCACGUCUCGUCUGAUCCAGAACCGGGUCAUGGCACGGAGAGACUUGCGGAGUCUCUGCAAAUACCAGAUCAUCCUCGCCAGGGAGCAGUUCCGCAAGAACCCACCAACAUGCAUCAAGGGUCCGCAGCAGGGGAUGCUGGAGGGCGACUUUGCCCUCUGCAUCAGCCUCUACCACGGCUACGAGCUGCUUAUCAACAUGGGGCUCCGGUCGCUCUUCUAUUACUUCCAGGGAAUCAUGGACGGAUCCAGAGUGAUGUCCCGGGCCAGAAAUGAGCUGCAGAGGACGCCCGUCUUCAUGGACUUUUACCAUGAGAUGCAAGCAAUGUUUGUGAAGCCAUCUUCUGGUCCAGACGAGCCGUUCAUUUACAGUCACCCCAAACUGGAGAAACUGGAGCAGGUGGUGCUGCAGCACUUCAGGCGCUGGGCUGAGAGCUCAGCGGACACUAACGGUCCUCAGGAUCUGAGCACGCGUGUGAUGAUCUUCUCAUCGUUUCGUGAGAGCGUGCAGGAGAUCGCAACCAUGUUGAACCACCACGCUCCGUUGAUAAAGGUCAUGACCUUUAUGGGCCAAGCUUCAACAGGGAAGGGACUCAAAGGCUUCACACAAAAGGAACAACUGGAGGUGGUGUCCCGGUUCCGUCAGGGAGGCUUCAACACACUGGUGUCCACCUGUGUCGGGGAAGAGGGGCUGGAUAUCGGAGAGGUGGACCUCAUCGUUUGCUUCGAUUCUCAGAACAGCCCCAUCCGCCUGGUGCAGCGGAUGGGGCGCACCGGGCGGAAGCGGCGGGGACGGAUUGUUCUCAUCCUGGCUGAGGGGCGCGAGGAGAGGACAUACAACCAGAGCACGGACAACAAGCGCAUCAUAGACAAGUCCAUCAUCAGCAACAAGCGCGGGUUCCACAUGUACCCCAGCGGUCCGCGCAUGCUGCCCGAGGGAGUCGAGCCCACCAUGCACAAGAUGCACAUCGUCUGUGGCCAGUUUGAGCAUCAGGAGAGCACCAAGCGGUCCGUCAGGGCUCGGAAGUCUCAUUCUGAGGGCCGGGCCUCUCUCAUCCACCCUCAAAACCUCAUUCGGCCGGUCAGUGCGACGUCGGAUGGGUUUCUGAGCAGUGCUGAAUAUUCCCUCUGGGCGUCCACCAUGAGGCUGGAGGAAGGCGAAGCUCCUCCAACCCUGAAGUGGUCCCGCUUCAUGUCUCUGCCCAGUGAUCUUCCACCUCAGGAGGAAGUUUCCCGAAGUGGCCCCGCGUCCAGAGACCUCUCUUUGUGGGAGUGGAGACACUGGCAGCACAAAGCGCUUCCGACACACGGCGUCGAUCAUUCCCUCCGCUGCCGCCACUUCAUCGCGGUGAUGGAGCUCAUCGACGGCAUGAGAGAGGAGAGCGAGGGGCAGUGCCGGUAUGAAGAGGAGCUUCUUCCGUACCUCCACAAGGCGGAUCCUGUUGGCCACGUGAAGAAAGGUCAGAAGAAGCCGAAGGGCACAAAGACCUGCGCGAAGGCUGCCGGACGCAAAGCCAAGCCGCCGCCCACUACGGCGUCUGAUGUGGAAUACUUGGACGACGAAGGAGAUUGGGAGAUUCCACGAGGACAGAACGUGGUUUCCACAUUCACUGAGACCAAACGGAGACUUCCUGUUCCACGUGGCACCGAGGCGUCUAGUGAUGACAUCACAGAUCACCCUGGACCCGAGGCAAUUCGUCCUCUUCCCUCAGAAAAUGACCCGGAUGACGACGGUGUCUUUAUUCACGAGGAUGUCGUAAAGUCGGACGCCACAGGCGGUGAGGCCGUAAAGAACGACACGUCUUCACAGUCGAUGACGACGAUUGAUGAAGAUGUCGAACUUCGGGCCAUGUUUUACCUCCCUGGAUGGGAUUCAGCGCCUCCCCUCUCCUUCGCUAAACUCCCAGGAAGAGAGUGGAGUCUGAAGGUCAUCCUGGCCGACGUGGCCGAGCUCCUGUCCCGGUCGCCGCCGUUCGAUCUCGUGCCCGACAUGGCCGCUCCGUCCCUCCCUCCCUCUCCCCAGUGGCCUCAUCCGUCAUUCCAGGUCAGCUUCACCCUGGAUGUGGACGACGACGACGCCAACGACGCUAACGACGCUAACGACGGCCCCCCGAGGGCCGACUCGGACGGGCCUCCCGCCGAUGAAGAGGACGGCGAGCCGCGGCGCGGCGGCGCGGCGGCAAACAGUCCGAGCUGGGAUGAAGUUUUCGGGGAAGACGAAGCGAGGCGUGACCGCAUGGAGACGGACGACGGGAAGGAGGAAGCGGUGGGCGAUGAAGCCGAGAAGCACGAGGAAAUGAAUAUGGAGAACGGUGGCAAGACGGAGGAGAAGCGGAGGGGGCGCGAUGGGAGGAACGAGGACGUGCCGGACGGCGUGCAAGACGACCGGGACGCUCCGAUGGACGAGAGCGUGGAUCUGUUCGGGGACGACGAGGCCUUCCUGCAGAUGACCAUGCCGGACGUCUCCACCCCCGGCGUCGCGUCCCACUCGUUGACCCCGACGCGCCCGCGGAGCGCCACCUUUCCUGGACUGACCUCUGGCCAGUCGGCGCACACGAGGCACAGAACUCCAACAACGAACCGCACGGCGGCACCGAGCCGAUCCGGAGCAGACGGUCCAACGGCGGACGAGGCGGCCGACGGCUCCCGCGACUACUACGCCGUCAACUUUGACCUCGGCUAUUCCCUGGAGGACUCCGACGAGGCGGAGCGAGAGGCGAGCGUCUCGGCCUCUCCGCGGCCCAAAGAGACGGCCGCCUCUGCAGCGUCUCCGCCGGCCGUCUCGAACUCUUCCGCGCCCGCCGGCCGCUCCCCGGCGCGGUCCACCACGUCCGAGACGCCUCCAGAGCCCGGGAAGAGGGGAGCGGCGUCUCUUCUCGCAUCACCUUUGGUGUCUCCGUUCACGUCGCCAGGAGUCGGGCGGAUGCUUCCGUCUGUCUUCGCCGGGCCCCGCCCCCCGGGGUCUUCGUUCCCCGGCUUCAAACGGAGACGACUGGAGGAGAACUCCCCUCCUCAUCCAGCGGCGAGCAACAGUGACAGCGAGGAUGACGUCGUGGUUCCUAAAAGACGACAUCGGAACGAGGCCAAACCGUUUUCCUCCCCGGACGUGUCAAAGACGUCCAGCGAUGUGGACUCCCCGUACCCGGGGAAUGUGAAAAGGAGGCGUGCAGCUGCACUUAAUACUUCUGAUGAAAUGGAGGGUGACGCGGUUUCUGAUGAUGAUUUCCAGAGUGAGUCUCUGUUCACGCGCAGAACCGCAGCAGACGGAGCCGAGAGGAAACGCGUCCAACGAGGAGAAGCCAAGCACACCAAACGUCGAAGAGGGCGCCAGUUCUUGGACGAAGAAGCGGCGCUGUCGGUCGAGGAGGGGGCGGACGUGUCGUCUGACGAAGAGGAUGGAGAAGAGCAGAACCGCUCUCUGGAAGGCUUUGUGGUGGACAACACGCACCUCUCGCAGGGCCUGAAUGACUCUGAGAUGCACGGCGUGUACCUGAAGUCAGUGAAGAGCCCGGCGGUCCUGGGAAAGUUCAAAAUGUCCUACAGAAAUCAUCACAACGUCGACAUAUUCUCUCAGGUGCCUGAGGCGGAUGAAACGUACGCAGAGGACAGCUUUGUGGUGGGAAGUGAGGAGGAGGAGGAGGAGAGCGGCGAGGAGGACGCCGAAGACAUCGAACUUAUGCCCGAGGAAUCGUACGUGGAGGGACGGAGGCAAUAUGCCACCAGGCGCCGCGUGUUCUUACACAGAGCGAGAGUGGGCCGGGCCGGCGCCGAGACUCCAGCUGCAGAGCAGAGAGCCGGAGCGAAGACGAAGCGCGUCGUACGGCGAGACGAUUCCAGUGAGGAGGAGACGGAGGGAGUCGGUGAGAAGAGGCGUCUCACGGCAGAGGCAGAUGUUGCGGUCCCUCUGUGGCCAAAGGGAGCGCAGCAGCAGAAACCCUCUUCCUCCUCCUCGUCUUCAACCGUAGCAUCCACGGUCUCGUUGCUGAGCAAGGCACAGAGGAUCUCGGUGAGGGAGGACCAGCAGAAGGAAAGGUGUCGUCAAAGGUUAGAAAAUCAGCAUCUUCUCUCCGAUGAGCUCGACUUCACGGAGCCGGAGAAACAAGCACAGGUCCGGUCGUCUGUUGCCAGCUUCUCGGUUCCACAGACGUCCGCCGCGCCGGGUCCAUCGGCCGCUGAGCCCCCCGCCCCCCCCGCCGGCCCCGCCCCCCCCGCCCCGGUUUGCAUCCUGGCGGACAGCCGUUGCAUCGGCAGCGGGGUGGAGCUGAUGACCAUCCUCCGCCGGCGCCACGCGGCCACCGUCCACGUCUGCUCGCUGGACGGCGGCUACUUCAUCGUCAGCGACCGCACGGCGGUGGAGAGGCUCGGCCAAUCGGACUUGGCGGCGAUGCAGAACCGCAAGCGAUUGGCCGAAAGAGUGACGAGCUUGCAGGGAACGUUUGAGCGCGUUUGUCUGAUCGUGGAGAAGGACCGGACGAAGCCAGGCGAGUCGUCGCGUCCGUUUCAGCGAACGCGUUACUACGACGCCACCCUGACGGCGCUGGUGCGUUCCGGCGUGCGCUUGCUGUGGAGCGACGGCGCCGAACAGACCGCCGGCUUAUUGGCCGACCUGGCGCGGCUGGAGCAGCGUAAAGGGCGGGGCAUCGCCGUGCCGCUGGAGGUCAAAGGUCAGCGCGGGCAGCGGGCGCUGCAGUUCUACCUGAGCCUGCCCUCCGUCAGCUACGUCCACGCCCUCAGCUUGAGCCACCACUUCACCUCCAUCGCCCAACUCGUCAACAGCUCCGUUGAAGCCGUGCAGAAGGGAGGCUGCAUGAGUCGGUCCAGAGCCGAGGCCAUCUACCGCUUCCUGCGCUACUCCUGCGACGCCUCCUUCAUGAACACGUCCAAAGCAGGAAAACAACUAGCAGUGUAAAAGAAACAGUCGGAAAACCAUCUGGAAUAUACCACUCUUCCAUUUUUAAUCUACGUUCUUUCUUCUUUUUGCUGAUCCUACGUGUUUUCAGUCUCGUGACAGGUGCAUAUACGCAGUGACUGAUCUGAAGUUAUCUCAAUGAGAAGUGUCUCAGUAUAAUCAUUCAACUCUAAAGGGAAACAUCAUACGCCUCAAUGUUCUUUCUGAUAUAAGGCAUAUUUGUUUUACGCUGCAUUUGUCAAAUAAUUUGAGUUAAGGCAAAACUAAUCCAGUGCAAUACUGAAGUCAAUCAAUAUUUGAUUGAUACUUGAAUAAAUUAUUUUUGCCAAAUCAUGUUUGUUUAUAGUGCUACUCUAAAAUAAUUAAAUAUGGUAUCCAGUU